AUGGCCUCUUCAGACCACCAAGAAAGCGAUGAAGAGUCCGGCCCAGGAGGCAACCUCUUCGCCGAGCCAGAGGACUACUACCCGCCCUCGCCCAAACCAACCAAGCAGACCUUCACCACCCGCGACGGCGACGUCGUCGACCUGCACCUGGUCGGCUACUCGCCCACCGAGGCGCACCACCUGUGGAACGGCUCCCGCGUCGCGGCGCAGUACUUCGAGGCCGACCCGGCGGGGACCGUCCGCGACAGGACGGUGCUGGAGCUGGGCGCGGGCGCCGGGCUCCCCUCGCUGGUGGCCGCGGCGCUGGGCGCGCGCCGCGUCGUCAUGACCGACUUCCCGGACGCGGACAUCAUCGCGACGAUGGAGAAGAACAUCGACGUCUGCAGCAUCAUCCCCGCCGCGGGCGGCGUCGCGGUGGACAAGGACGGCAAGGCGCUGACCAAGGCGGACGUCAUCGUGGCCAAGGGCUUCGUCUGGGGCUUCGACCCGCUGCCGCUGCUGGCGGAGCUGCCGGCCUCGCAUCCGAAGUUUGACGUGCUCGUCCUCGCGGACCUGCUGUUCCGCCACUCGGAGCACGGCAAGCUGCUCGACACGAUCCGCGACACGAUGGCGCGGGACGCGGGCGCCAGGGCGUAUGUGUUCUUCACCAGCUACCGGCCGUGGCUCGCGCACAAGGACAUGGCGUUCUUCGACCUCGCGCGCGAGCGCGGCUUCGUCGUGGACAAGGUGCUGGAGCGCAAGAUGGAGCGCCCGCUGUUCGAGGAUGACCCUGGGGACGAGGAGGUGCGCAAGACUUGUACGGGGUGGGUUGUGCGGUGGCCUCGCGAGGGGGAGGGCAACGGGGAGGCCGAGACCGUAGCGUGA